CUUCGUGCACGGCUUUCAUCCAAUCACACGCUUCUACGCAUAAAGACCGUCCACAUCUCUGUGCGUGCAUUGCAAUUCACACAUAAUUGUUUUCUUUUUAUUUUAGUGUGAUGGCAAUUUAUUGUAGAUGAAUGGAGGUUCUCAAGAAGGCAGAGGUUGUGUUAGUGCUACUCUCAGUGUGUUUAGAGACAGUCAUUUCUUACGGUGAUGGAAAGGUGACCGUGGCUUGUGGGAACAUGACGCCGCAACAUGGUUAUGAUCCCAGCACAGAAGAUCCUCCAUACGACAUCAAAGCGGACAAAAUCAAAUUCAGACCUGCUGAUGAAAUUAAAGUGACAUUAUCAGUGGCUGCUUCAGGGAGCACAUCCCACUUCAAAGGAUUCCUCAUAGAAGCAAGGAAUGCUUGGAAUCUCAAUGAAGCAGUUGGAUCGUUUAAGUUAAUAGAUUCUACCAUUUCUCAGCUUCUUCAGUGCGGUGAAAAGGAUGGCUCCGCUAUAAGUCAUACCAGUGAUUCCCAUAAGGCUGAGGUCCAGGUGAUAUGGAUUGCGCCACAAGGCUCUCCUCCCAGUGUGCAGUUUCUGGUAACUGUUGUCCGAAAGUACAAGGAUUAUUGGGUGAGAAUUCCAGGUCCAGUGGUGUCGCAAAAUGGUGUAGCUCCUCCCCCAGCACAAAGUACCAUUGGUGGUUCCAUUGGUGCCGAAAUCACAGUGCCUUCCUCAACGCUGUCUAAAUCGUUCACUUCUGAGGGCUGUGGAAUCAAGAAGUCCUGUUUGAGAAAUCCAGCAGGUUGUGACCCACAAAAUGACACAUCAUGCCACUUCUUGUCCUUUUGGACAGAGAGCAGAAGUGUUGUGUUUGAGCUCAGUGGACCUGCAGAGGGUUAUGUGUCCUUUGCCUUAUCAUUGGACAAAUGGAUGGGGAACGAUGACGUCUAUAUGUGCAUAAGAGAUACAGACAAAGUUGAUGUCAAGGCUGCAUAUGUUCUUGGAAGGACACACCCUGAAAUCUCUUCAGAGAAUUAUCUGAAAGAUACAGCAUGGAGACUAUCAGAUGGAGUGAUUCAGUGUAGCUUCAGCAGAGACAUACAACUUCCAACUGACGAUCCAAAGAGGUUUAGCCUGGACCAGAUGUACUAUAUCUUCAUGGCACAUGGUCGAGCUCAAGAAGGGCGAACUCAUCGUCAUGACCGUCAACCUCUGAUUUCGACCAAUCAGAAACUUGUCACAGGACCUCCAGAGGAUCUCAGUGGCUCUCGCUCGCCCCUGCUGAUCAAAUAUCAUGGGGCCAUCAUGCUGAUCGCCUGGAUGUCCACAGUCAGCGCUGGAGUCAUCAUGGCGCGAUACUUCAAACCGGAUUGGCCUGAAAGCAGUAUUUUGGGACAGAAGGUCUGGUUUCAGUUACACCGAAUGCUGAUGACCCUUACUGUCCUGCUUACCUUGGUCGGCUUUGUUUUGCCUUUUAUGUACAGAGGAGGAUGGAGCAAGCGAGCAGGCAUACACCCCUACCUGGGCUGCGUUGUCAUGGCACUCGCUGUCAUCCAACCUCUCAUGGCACUUUUCCGACCUGCGCCAGAUGCAUCCAGGAGAUACAUCUUCAACUGGAUGCAUUUUGGAACCGGCACAUUAGCACAGGUCGUAGCUGUUGUCACCAUAUUCCUCGGCAUCCAUCAGCAAGCUCUGGUCCUACCUGCUCCCUGGUCCACAGGUGUCCUGGCUUCCAUUGUGGUCUGGUUUGUGCUGGCAGAUUUGAUUCUGGAAGUCCACAGAAGGGGCUUUUUACCUAUAGGAAAGCAUUUCAAAAACGUUAAAAUCUACAUGGAACACGUUAAUUCUGAGGACAAAGAGGAGAUUGUUUUUGUUCCUGGGGAGAAUGAGACUUCUAGCGCAGAAUCUUUAUUCAAAAACAUAGUUCUGGCUAUUUAUCUCUGCGGAAAUCUGGCAUUUCUGACUUUUCUCCUUUGGAAUAUCAGUGAAGUAUGAUGCGCUCAAAGCAUUUUUCACAUUUGACCUCACAAAUGCUCUAGUUGUGCCUUUUGUUAAAAAAAGAAAAAGCCAAAGAUGCAGGAAGUAAGGUUGAUUUAUGACUCAUCGUGUUAUGUUUGAUUAUUACAAAUAAUCUUGAAAUUAGUCUAAUUUGAAAUUAUAUGUUCAUUACCCUAGAUCAGGGGUGCCCAAUACGUCGAUCGCGAUAUACCAGUCGAUCGCAAUGGCAAUGCUGGUAGAUCGCACAAAAUUUAAAUGUGCUUUCUUUAAAUUUUUAUACAAAUAAAUAUGAUGUCUUUCCUUCUUUUAGCUUCUGUCUGACUUGAACUUGCCGAGUAAAUUUUGACCAGGCGAGAUUUGUUUAUUCAGUUGCCAUGACAACUAGGUUCGCGCCCUCCAAAGGCUUCUGAGAACAGAGCGCGAAAUUGCAAAGCUAGCAGUGUUUGAGACUAGCUACCAGCAGCUACUGCCCUGAUUAUGCAAAACUGUCUGUUUCCAUUCAGUACAAGUCAUCAGAAUAAGGUAAAUGUCCUGGCUAUUGUAAUCUAUUGUGCUGUAGGUGUUUUUGGUUUAGUGUUAAAACUGGAUGAUGUCAACAUUGAACAUUAUUUUAUUGUUUUAAAUUCAUUUGAAGAUGAAUUCCAUGUAGGGAUACAUGCAGUAGUCCCAACAAGCAUUUUUUUAAAUUUUUUUGAAUUUUUUAUGAAACUGUUUUUUUAGUUGGUAGAUCUUAUUGAGUUGGUCAUUUAAAAGUAGUUCAUCACGCAAAAAAGUGUGGGCACCCCUGCCCUAGAUGUAGGAGUGCUUUCAGAUGUAGUUGAUUGUUUUGCACUGCUUUUAAUUUGCAUUACGCAAAAGUUUUAUCGUUCAUUUUAUAUGUACAUUAUGAGCUUGUAAUAUUAACAGCUGAUCUGCUGAUUUAAGUUUGUCAUGUCGUGUGCUUUUUAUCUCUUUUCUUGUAUCUAAAGUAUAUUUUAUUUCCUCGCAUUGACAAUAAUGUUUACAGAUCUGCGAGCCGUGUUUUAAGUAAUUAAACCACACUUGCUUCUGAAUAUGCCUUUUAUAAAUGCUAUGGACAAGUGGCGCCAAGAAGUUUUUUUGUAAUACCCUAUUUUAGAUGAGCACAUCUAAGUGCGUCUCCUGUUGAUUUGUGGAUUUUAAGUCUGUUACUGUUGCCUGAGAUGUAAACAUUCACAUUGACACAAAAGACAAAUGGAAUGGACAAAUUCAGUUCAGUACAACGGCCGAAUGUUGUUCAGAUGAAGUGGACCAUUGAUUCAAACAUUUGCAAUGUGACAAUCUACUGAUCUGUUAUAUUAUAAUAUACACAUUUUAAAAUUAAAUAUGUGCAUAAUUUGGCUACUGGUUUUAUCUUGUAGAGUGAUUCCAAUCCAGAAAUAUUGUGAAUUUUCUGCAGUUUACAGUUUAAGAUAUUUACAUUUAAUAAAUAAUAUACCCGUAAGUAGACUUACUUUAAAGGAAAAUGAUCAAUAUGCAUUGUGUUCAUGUGUGUAUGUUGUGUAAUGGGUACUUAAGCCUUACUGAUGGGGCUGUGAGGUUACUUAUGAUGAAGUUUUGUUAAUCACUUUAGAAUACCUGCAUACAUUUUUUUAAUUAAAUUAAAUUCUCUCUGCACUGUCUAUAUGUUUAGUCUCGUGGGAAACUGAGCUGAUGCCUCUCUGUUUAAAACUAUCUUUUGGAAAUGAGCUGUAGUUCAUAUAGAUAUGAAAUAAAUAUCUUGCCAUUUAUUUAUGUGAGGACAUU